GGACAGAAGGAAAAAAUACCUCUCUCAACCUUUGAACCGUAUCCCUCCGUUGUUUCAAAAGGAGUCACAAGACAAAGUCGAUUUAACUUGCAGCGAUAGCGCAAACGGGGCAGUGUGUAGCUUAUCCCUUUUACAAUGAACAGGCGAUAACUGAAUUAGCCACGUUUUGUGAUUUCUGAGAAAAACAAAAACAAACAAGGAACGAGAAAAGAACCAGGCACAACGAACUACUCCCCACCCCUUACCGAGAUUGAACAAAGGGAACAACACUAUAGAAAUGUCAUCUGUGCGAUUCAGCCCAGGACCAGAUUCCAAACAGGCGAAUGGCUUUGAUGCCAAUGGGAAGGAAGACACCGACAUUCAGAUUGAUGAUGGCAAGGAGGAGAGUGUUGAACCAGACACCAUGUACCAUCGAAUCCGAAAGAAAAUCGCCCCAUUCGUGAUGUCAUUUGGGUUUCGGAUGUUUGGUGUGGUGCUAAUCGUGGCUGACAUCAUCCUGGUGAUCGCUGACCUGGCCACCCCGGUCCGCAGCCGCGAGGUUGGGGAUGCGCUGGAGGCGGUGUCCUUGGCCAUUUCGCUUUUCUUCCUGGCGGAUGUGCUCCUCAGGAUCUACGUUGAGGGAUUCAAGGUGUACUUCAGCUCUAAACUGAACAUCCUCGACGCCUGCAUUGUGGUCAUCACCCUGGUUGUCACUAUGAUCUACACUUUCACUGACCUUACUGGGGCCAGCCUCAUUCCCAGGAUGGUGUCCUUCCUGAGGGCCCUGAGGAUUCUCAUCCUGGUGCGCAUCUUUAGACUGGCUGCUCAGAAGAAGGAGCUGGAGAAGGUCACCAGGAGAAUGGUCUCAGAAAACAAGAGACGGUACCAGAAGGAUGGAUUUGAUCUGGACCUGACCUAUGUCACAGACCGAAUCAUUGCCAUGUCAUUUCCAUCGUCUGGGAAACAGUCAUUCUAUAGGAACCCAAUCAGAGAGGUGGCAAGGUUUCUGGACACUAAACACGAGGAUCACUAUAAAGUGUACAACCUCUGCAGCGAGAAAGGCUACGACCCAAAGUUCUUCCACUACAGGGUGGAGAGGGUGUUCAUUGAUGACCACAAUGUGCCUGCACUAGAAGACAUGCUGAAGUACACAGCUGAUGUGAGGGCGUGGAUGGCAGCUGACCCCAGGAACAUCAUCGCCAUACACUGCAAAGGAGGGAAAGGACGCACUGGGACCAUGGUGUGCACCUGGCUGAUUGACAGCGACCAGUUUGAGAGUGCACAGGACAGUUUAGAUUACUUUGGGGAGAGGAGGACAGACAAGAGCAUGAGUUCCAAGUUCCAGGGAGUGGAGACGCCCUCACAGAGCAGGUAUGUGGGAUACUAUGAGGCCAUGAAGAACCAAUACAACAGACAGCUACCCCCAGAGAAGAGACUUAAAAUAAGAAGCAUCCGAAUCCAUUCCAUACUGGGUGUGGGGAAGGGCGAUGGCAGUGACCUGAAGGUGAAGAUCAUCAUGAAGAAGGAGACAGUGUUUCAAUGUGUGUGUGCCAAGCGGGAGAACUGCAUGCUUUUCCCAGAUGCCGGCAAUAAUGAAGUGGUGAUCAGUUUACAGGAGGGACCCGUCGUCAGUGGAGAUGUAAAGGUCAUGUUUGAGUCCAGUGCUGGUCUUCCAAAGGGAUAUGAAGACUGCCCAUUCUACUUCUGGUUUAACACCUCAUUUAUAGAAAAUAACAGGCUUUACCUGUCGAGGGAGGAGCUGGAUAACCCUCACAAGCCCAAGACCUGGGACAUCUACAAGGAAGACUUUGGCAUAACUCUUUCCUUCUGUAACCCAUAACACUCGCAUAGUAAAGCUAAGGGGUCCUGGACUCCUGUGGUCCUGAUGUCUGGGUGCUUCAGAAAUCAGAAUUUCUUUCAUUCUGG